AUGGCUGAGGUACUCGGAAUCAUUAGGCUCACGUCGAGUAUCCUCAAAUUUAUUGAAUUUGGCCUCACAAUAACAUCUUCUUCUCGCACCAUCUAUCGAACAGUAGAUGGCAAGGUGCCUGAAAUUCAAGAGCUAGAGAGGGACUUGGAUGAGAUUGAUAGAAGGAACCAGGAAGUUUUGAAGCGCGAUACAACUAGCCCGUUGUCUAAAGCGGAGCGCCAAAUAGUGUCCACCGUUAAGGAAUGCGACAAGAUAUCUGGCGACUUGAGAAAACUGGUCGCAAGGCUGGCCAAAAGACCAGCUGCGAAAUCUAACGCCUUAGAAUCUAGUCGAAUCGCGAUUCAAGCCAUCAUGAGCCGAAACGAGCUAGAAACGCUGAGGCAACGCUUGAAACAACAGGACAGGAAAAUAAGAGAGGGCUUGCGAUCUCUUCUUGAGAGAGACCGCCAUUCGGAACUAAUAGAACAGUUGUCCUCUAUCCAACGAGCCCAUACUGACCAUUAUAUCAAUCAUGAUAUGAAAUUUGAAAACCUUCAACAGCAAAUUCUCGACAUAUCCGGCAGCGAAGAAGAAAGCCUAGCCAAGUUAGUGGCUGAGGUGACGAGUCUCCGAACUAAGGUGGAAAGCCUCAACAAGGAGGCGGAGCUAUGCAGCAAGCAAGCCAGGGUGAUUAAAAGUCUCUACUUCACUGAACUCCAUCGCCGAUGGGAUAAAAUUGAUGACGCUGCCAAGAACACCAAUGCUUGGCUAUUUCAUUCAUCGGAGGUUUCUUUUUCUUCCUGGUUGGAAUCAGACAGUAGGAGCAUGUAUUGUAUUACCGGUUUGCCUGGGAGUGGAAAGUCGACUUUAAUGAAAUAUGCAUAUGAUCACCCAGAUACGGUGCUUGGACUCGAAAAAUGGGCAGGCUCAUCAAGGCUCUGUCGAGCUGCAUUCUUCUUCUGGAACCAAGGGUUUGAAAUGCAAAAAUCCCAAGCUGGGCUUCUACAAUCACUCCUCUAUCAGGUCUUGAGACAGAUUCCUAGCCUUGUCUCACUUGUUGAGGAAAGCAAGCAGCUCCACGAGAUUUGGCAAUUUAAUGAACUGAAAUCACUAUUCGCUCAGAUCAUGUCGGAGACUACACUCACUACCAAGUUCUGUUUCUUCAUAGACGGACUUGAUGAGUAUGACGGGGAUGAGGAGGAUAUAGCCAAGCUGCUUUGUUUGAUCAGCGAAUCGCCGCAUAUCAAGAUAUGUGCUUCCAGCCGACCACGUACCGUGUUUGACAAGAUACUCUGGUCUGGGCAGUACCUUCUCGCUAUGCAACACUUCACGAAGAACGAUAUGAGAAACUACGUGCAGACGAAACUUCGAGAAAACUCUGAGUUUAGAGCCCUUGAAAAAAUAGACCCGGAUUGCACGAUGGUGAUGGACAAAAUCGCCGAGGAAGCAAAUGGUGUGUGGCUCUGGGUCGACUUGGUAACAAGAGAUAUUAUACGUGCCGCCAAUCGGAGUGAAGGGCCGCGGAAAUUCAACGAGAUUGUGGCAGGAUUUCCUCGCAAACUGGAGGAGUAUUUUGCACUUAUAAUAAGCCGAGUCGAUCCCGUUUAUCGCAAGGAGAUGGCCAGAGCAUUCCUUGUCACUAUUUACGAGGUACAACCUUUACCACUUUAUGCAUUCUAUCUUCUCAAUAAAGAGGAGGAAAAUGCAGGAUAUGCCAUCCAAGAACAAGUCUCUAGUCUUUCCGAAUCCGAGGUCCGAAAGAUCGGUCAGACUUGGAAAGCAAGGAUCCAUAAUAGAUGCAGUGACCUUCUUAUUGUGGACGAAGGAGAGCAUCCUGUCUUCUUGAUCCAGCCGGUAGACUUCCUUCACCGGACAGUGCGUGAUUUUCUCCGAGAUUGGUUCCAAGACAAACUUGAAGAGGAGCUUAAAGAAUCCUUCGUCCCCCCAGUUUCUCUUUGCCGAAUAAUGCUCUUCUUCCUCAAGAAGCAGCCUCAGGGCCAUUCUUCAUCUCUGGUGCACUAUAAUCGCAUGACUGCGCUCGUUGAUGAGCUCCUUUAUUACGCCCGAGAGGCUGAAAAUCAUCCCUACUGUCGAGAUUAUGAAGUAUCGCCAGUAGAAGAUAUCUUGGAUGCUGCCGGCCAAGUAAAUAGUUCCUUGUUGCAGAUGGUCAUGAGGAAUCACUGGACUCGUGCAAGCGGGCCCCCCAGAUCUCGAGGACUAGACCGGUACCACAGGAGAGAACCCUCCAGAUCUCAAGGGCUAGACCAGCACCGCGAGAGAAGCCAUUGCAAUUUUCUUGCCCUGGCUAUCCAAGCACGCCUCUUCAAGUACGUCAGAGCCAAACUUGAAGCUGACCCUCGCCAGCUGGUGAACCCAGGACAGCCACUUUUGGACUAUGCCCUCCGUCCCCGGCGGGUAACGCCACUUGCACUGCCCUAUCACUCGCGAAGGGAUGAGCCCAACAUUGACCCCAAAAUUGUUUUCCUGCUUCUAAGCCUUGGUGCAAAGCCCAAUCAGGAGGUGCACUCUCAUGGAGGCCACACCGUUUGGGUGUUAUUCUUAAUCUCUUGUUGGGAGUCUGCCAAACGUGGUGAGGCCACAGAGGUAUCUAAAAAGGCAUGGUAUGAAGUUUGCGAGAUGAUGAUAAAGCAUGGCGCGAGCCGCGAUUACUUUCCCAGCAUCGGGGGACAAGAAUUGAACAUUGACAAUGUUCUCAGCACAAUUUUCAGAGAGGACCAGGCUUCAAACUUACUGGAACAGAUUAACGACCAGACGCUCAACAGAAGAAAUACUUGGAGCAGUUGGGUUUUGUCUUUUUUCUGA